CUGUGAAGCGAACUGCUGGAAACUAGCCGACUGACUGACUGACUGAUUGAGAGAUCCCCGACGUAGGUUGCUAUCGUCGCUGCAGCCUCUCCACGCAUUUUAUGAAAAAAGUCCAGCAGCUCCAGUCGCUCCACAGAGGUUUGUGGUGCUCCUCUUUAGAGUUUCCUGUUGUUACAUGGUAACACAAAGCUGAAGGCAAGAGGGUGUUGAAGAUGGCAGUGUGGAUCCAGGCCCAGCAGCUCCAGGGAGAUGCUCUGCACCAGAUGCAGUCUCUGUAUGGUCAGCACUUCCCCAUUGAGGUGCGACAUUAUCUGUCCCAGUGGAUAGAGGGCCAGCUCUGGGAUGUCAUAGACCUGGAGAACCCGCAGGAGGAGUUCAAGGCCAAACGCCUUCUGGACAGUCUGAUUCAGGAGCUGCAGAACAAGGCUGAGCACCAGGUGGGAGAAGACGGCUUCCUCCUCAAAAUCAAACUGGGACACUACGCCAGCCAGCUCAAGAGCACGUAUGACCGCUGUCCUCUGGAGUUGGUCCGAUGCAUCAAACACAUCCUCUACACAGAGCAGAGGCUCGUCAGAGAGGCUACGAAUUCGAGCUCUCCGGUGGGCGGGAUGAUGGACAGCAUGUCUCAGAAAUACCAACAGAUCAACCAAGCUUUUGAGGAGCUUCGUCUGAUGACCCAGGACACUGAGAACGAUCUGCGCAAACUCCAGCACAACCAGGAGUACUUCAUCAUCCAGUACCAGGAGAGCCUCCGCAUCCAGGCUCAGCUGACCAGCCUGGCCACGCUGCCCCCUGCUGACCGACAGCUACGGGAGCCCGCCCUUCUCAGCAAGAGAGCCACUGUGGAGUCAUGGCUGACCCGAGAGGCCAACACACUACAGAAAUACAGACUGGACCUGGCGGAGAAGCACCAGAAAACACUGCAGCUGUUGAGGAAGCAGCAGACCAUCAUUCUGGAUGACGAGCUGAUCCAGUGGAAGAGACGGCAACAGCUGGCAGGCAACGGGGGCCCACCGGAGGGAGGCCUGGACAUCCUGCAGUCCUGGUGUGAGAAGCUGGCAGAAACUAUCUGGCAGAACAGGCAGCAGAUCCGGAGGGCAGAGCACCUUAGACAGCAGCUGCCCAUCCCCGGCCCCAUCGAAGAGCUUCUCAACGAACUCAACAGUACUAUCACAGAUAUCAUUUCAGCUUUGGUCACCAGCACCUUCAUCAUCGAGAAACAGCCUCCGCAGGUGUUAAAAACCCAAACCAAGUUUGCCGCUACAGUGCGCCUCUUAGUGGGAGGGAAGUUGAACGUGCACAUGAACCCCCCACAGGUCAAAGCCACCAUCAUUAGUGAGCAGCAAGCCAAGGCCCUGCUGAAGAACGAGAACACAAGAAAUGACAGCAGUGGGGAAAUUCUCAACAAUAACUGUGUAAUGGAGUACCACCAGACAACAGGCACUCUCAGUGCCCACUUCAGGAACAUGUCUUUGAAGAGGAUCAAGCGAUCGGACAGGCGAGGAGCAGAGUCCGUCACAGAGGAGAAGUUCACCAUUUUGUUCGAGUCUCAGUUUAGUGUUGGAGGCAAUGAGCUUGUUUUUCAAGUGAAGACGUUAUCUCUACCUGUAGUGGUUAUAGUUCAUGGUAGCCAAGACAAUAAUGCCACAGCAACUGUGUUGUGGGACAACGCUUUUGCAGAGCCGGGACGGGUGCCUUUCCUCGUGCCAGAUAAAGUGCUUUGGCCUCAGCUGUGCGAUGCCAUCAACAUGAAGUACAAGGCUGAAGUGCAGAGUAACCGAGGCCUGUCUGAGGAAAACCUGGUCUUCCUUGCUCAAAAGGCCUUCAGCAUCUCCAGCAACAACCCUGAUGACUACCGCAACAUGACUAUGACCUGGUCACAGUUUAAUAGGGAAAGCUUGCCAGGGAGGAACUUCACAUUUUGGCAAUGGUUUGAUGGUGUGAUGGAACUCACAAAAAAGCAUCUCAAACCACACUGGAAUGACGGAGCCAUCUUAGGUUUCGUGAACAAGCAGCAGGCCCAGGACAUGCUGAUGUCCAAACCCAACGGUACUUUCCUUCUGCGCUUUAGUGACUCUGAGAUCGGAGGAAUAACAAUAGCCUGGGUGGCAGAAAAUCCUAACAAAGCAGGUGAGAGAAUGGUUUGGAACCUCAUGCCCUACACAACCAAAGACUUCUCCAUUCGCUCUCUGGCUGACCGCAUCAGCGAUCUCAAUCACCUCCUCUUCCUCUACCCCGACAGACCCAAGGAUGAGGUUUUCUCCAAAUAUUACACCCCACCACUCUCCAAAGCAGUGGACGGCUACGUGAAGCCGCAGAUAAAGCAAGUGGUGCCCGAGUUUGCUACAGCCAAUCCAGACCCAGCAAGUGGGAACCCAACCUAUAUGGAUCACGGCGCCUCCCCAGCACCUGUCAGUCAUCCUCACACCUAUGGCAUAUACCCGCCUAUGAGCGACUCUAUGUUGGACGCAGACGGAGACUUCGACCUGGAUGACACCAUGGACGUGGCGAGGCACGUAGAGGAGCUCCUCCGGCGGCCUGUAGAAAGCCAGUGGGGUGGCCAACAAUCAUGACCCUUGACCUUUUUAACCCGCAACAAAACCAAACGAAACCUGCCUCCCAACAUGCCCCACUCGCAUUGACAUUUCUCAUGGUUUAAUUCCACUCAUUUCUCUUCUGUUUCAGAUGGCUAUAAUGUGAAAUGUUAAUAAUGGUUGUGAUUUUUUUUUUUUCUUUUCAGCAUGACAGCAUGCACGUCAGUGACUUCUCAUAGUUUUAUUUGUGUCCAUAAGUGUUUGUAAAACAGACUAGGUAUAAUGCAAAACCUACAAUGUUACAGUAUUGUGAAAAAGAGAAGAAGAAAUGAUGUUCAUUCACACUGUGCAUGCAUUUCCAGUUGAUUUUGAACAGAUUUAAAUAUUAUGCUACUGUAUGAAGUCAUUUUAACAGUUGAAUGUUUUUAUUUUGUUAUAUUUUUUUUUCUUUGUAAAUGGGUUAUCAGUAUUUUGACAGUGACAUUGAACUUGCCCUUUGACAAAAAAAAGAAACUUACUGAAGAGUUUUGCUUUUUGCUCUAAACACAACAUAAUCUGAGUCAUUGCUCUGCAGAGUUAGUCAGUUUUUUUCAAAUCCGUAUACACUAACCUAAAGGCAGAGUGACUCUCUUUGCUCUCUGCAGCUGACGGCACACACAUCAGCACACGGUACACAUGCGCAAGUGUACGAUGUAUUUGUUCUGAUUUGUUCACCAGCUGAAACCCAGGAGAGGGGUUUAUGCACCUCCCUCGCUCUCACAGGGCUAUUUGUCUUCUGUUUGUACACAGAAAUGCAAAUCUACGCAUUUACCCAGCGCUGCCUGCUUGUCCUCUCAGGUCCCUCUGUUCCCCUCAUCAAUGCUACCUCGCAUUAUUCUACUGACAGUCCUUGUUACUUUCUGUUGUUGUUUCUGCACCACAUUCACACCAGUAGGUACCACCGUGGGGUUCCACUCUUGUAAUUUGUGUUAAUAUGGGUGGAGAAGAUCCCCUUGCUGCCUGACUCUGUUGGCUGUUUCAUGCUUGAAAUCGCUCACCUGAAGAAAGUCACGUCUGGUUGGUGGUAUGCCUGAAUAUUUGGGGGCAGUGCUGUUCCCCUCUGACUUUAUUUCUGCCUGCCUGUCCGUCCACUUGUUCCUGUUGUCGUGUCAUGUCACCGUGACAUAACCGGGCAUGCGCAUGUCUCUGUGGGACAGCCUGGCCACGCCAGCAGCUGAAGUCACCAGGCAUAGAUAGAUAGGUGCAGGCUUUGAAUGUUUGCACAGACUCACCGGCCGCUGGGCCACAUAUAGCACCUCAAGCAUGUCGAGCCAUGUCGGUCUGUUUCGUUGUCUGGCUUUUGUUUUAUGGUCAAGAUUGUGUGUCCCCCUGUUUUUUGCUACACGUAAAAGACAAAAAACAGAUAAGUGUAGUAGAAAAUGUUGAGACUAUUACCCCACUGCCUCCACUUCAUACAAACACACAUUCAUACACACGACGCUUAAUAGAAAAUCUAUCAUUGACAACAGCCUUGCACCUCAGGAAUGAAUCGCUUUGCUUAGCUGAUGUAUAAGCCAAAUAGAAAAAUGAUCUAUGUAUACAGAAUAUAUGAAUUUAUUUUCUCUAUCAUAAUUCUAUUUUAUUAUUGUUUCUCUGGCACUCCCCCAAUGAAUGUAACCCCUGUGCAUGACCCAGUCGAGGAUUUACAUACAAACACCUCCCCAGUCUGAGCAGAAGUUUCAAGUCUCGUGUCACCAGAAGUACCAGUUGAAAAAGGACACAGAGCAACUGGAAAUCAGAGUUUAUGAUGUACUUUAGCGUCUUGUUCGACACACUUAUAGUAUUUAAAAUAUUCCCACAUCUUUCUUUUCAUUUCUUUUAUUCUUUUGUAUCUCUUUCUUUCUUUCCCGUCUUUGAAAUCUCAACCUACACAGGCAGUCUUGUGAUAUAUCCUUCAUCACCAUUAUUCUCAUAAUUUUUUGAGCUUCGUUCCACCGUAGACUGUGUAUUUUUUGAUGAUGUAGAUGGCGCUGUGUGCUGUUCAAUGUAUGUACCAUGUUUGUGCUUUUGGGUUUUAUCACUUGGAGGUUUUCCAAGAGAAACAGUUGUUGAGUUGAAAAAAGAAGAAAAUAAAGUUUUAUAAAUAAUUUGAACUCAACCUGUAGAAGUACAGACGGUUUUCAUGUCACUACAAAAUAAAUGCUUUUUUUUUUUUUUCUUCUUCUUUAUGUGUGCAGUCACCACCAUUGAUUUAACCGACCAGCCACAAGCUCAUCUGGAUGUGCAGAGUAAAAUGUGUAACUGCAUCAUGUACAGAAAAUGGGG